AUGGGCGGGCCAUCCGAGGCGGACCGCGUCAUCCGGCACAAGCAGAAGUGGAGCACCGGCCUACCCCCAAUACGUCCAAACACCACAGGAUGGGUCAAGCUGAUGGUCGCCCGGGAGCAGCAGCUGCGGCGCCUCACAAAAGACGUUCAGCAGAGGUGGGACGGCUUCAUGGAUCUGAUGCAGAGCUCCCGAAUCGUGCCAAACUUUACUCGCUCGGGGUUCGAGAAGCGGCGCACCCUGCCCAUGGUGCACGAAAAGCUCAGCUCCCGCCUUCUCGGCGGACUCGCCGCCGCGGCCGAUGAGCAGCUCGGGAUAAGCGGCCUGCUCAUCACACCGCAGACCAAGUUUGUGCCUCUGACGCCAAACGAGGAGGAGGUGAUCCUCAAGCAGUUGCAGCCGAUGCACGAGGAAUGGGGCGGCGUCCAGCUCGUGCCGGUCAAGGCGUACGGCCUCCGUGUGCAGGAUCACGUCAUCUCCUCCAUCGUGCACGUGGGCCACGACGCGGAGGAGCCGUGGCCAAUUGUGAUCGAGGGCCUGGACGGCACCACGUACGAGGUGAAUCUCGAGGAGGGGGAGAUGCUGUUCUACGAGUCGGCCAAGUGCAUGCACGGGCGGCCUCACCCCUUCCGCGGCCGCUGGUACUCGUCGCUCUUCGUCCACUACAGGCCGGUGGACUGGUCCAUCGACACGGCGACCAUAGUGGACGCGGUGCCGCCCGGCUGGAUGCCCACGGACGAGGACAUGCGGCUGGACGGGGCGGCGCUGCCCGAGCUACAGCUCUCCACCACCGGCUUCCUCAACCCCGACUGCGCGGACCGCUGGUGCCCUCUCGCAGACUCGGUCCGCCUCUGGGGCGGCGAGGCCAAUGCCAGGGCCUCCCAGCCCGGCCUGCUGGCAGGCGCGGGCAUCGGCAGCAGCGCGCAGCUGCAGUGCGCCGCCGGUGCUGCGCUCGCGUUUGUGGCCCUGUGGCGAUUUGGCCGUUGGCGGCGGGGUCCCCGAGAGUCGGCCGACUUCAAGAGUGUAUGA